GAUGGCAAUGGACAUAAGAAAUAUAGAAUGCAAUGUGACUCUAGACUUUCUGAGCUCUCUGAACCCUCCGAGCUCCAAUUGAAAGCCGUAGAAAUUACGGUAUCAUCUCCAAAGAAAUUACCGGCUAAAGCAAGAGAAAAUUUCAAUAUAGGAACUUCAAAAAUUGAUACGACCAAGAAAAGUCACGGGUUGAACCCUUUGCUCAUGGUUAAUAAAACUUAUGGAUCGAAGGAUAAUAUCAACAUAAUGAAUAAACACUGUGAAUCAAUGAUCGAAGAGCAAGGCGCUCAAAAACUUAUAAAAGCUCAGCGUAAAGAGGAUUUUCCUAGA